AUGAUUCUAGUUUCGCUCUAUUUUCUGCUGAUUUUCGCGACAGGCGGUGAAUUUCUCGAAGUUUUGAUACCCGAAAAAUUCCCAUGUGCCGCCAGAAUCACGGGAAAUUCGUCGAAAAAUGUGGUUUGUGUUUGUAACGCAACGUAUUGCGAUCGAAUUGAGCCAGCCGAAAAUCACACGUUGGGUGGGAAGUUUUUGAUAUACCGAUCCAGUGAGGCUGGAGAUCGAUUGAGAAAAUAUUAUGGAGCAUUUUUGGGAGCUGGUGAUGAGAAGGGUGGGUGAAUGCUUUUCAAACGACACUCCGCGAUGACACUCGCUCAAAAACCUCAUUUUCAGCGGACAUUACAAUCCAAAUCGACGCGAAAUCCACGUAUCAAGAAAUCAUUGGAUUUGGAGGCGCAUUUUCCGAUUCUACCGGUUUAAAUCUGAACAGUCUAGAUGUUGCAGUUCAAGAUCAGAUUUUGCGAGCCUAUUUCGGCCCCGAUGGACUAGACUAUAGUCUGGCGAGAGUCCCGAUUGGUAGCACCGAUUUUUCGACACAUGAAUAUAGUUUGGAUGAAGUGCAGAAUGACACGGAUUUGACGAUGUUUAAGCUGAGCAAUGAGGAUUUGCAGAUGAAGGUGGGGAAGGGAGAACAUUUGAAAAAUCGGAAUUUUCAGAAAAUUUAGACCCUGGGGCAAUUCCUAGGCCAAAAGUCCAAUAUUUGGAAAAAAAUGUUUGAUGUCAAAAAUCUUGAAAUUCAAAAAAAUGCAAAUUUUGUAAUGGUGUAAAAACGGAGUUUUGUUUAAACCUCCGGAAUGCCAUGUGGCGAAAUCUCCCUAAAAAAGAUGUUUUGCAGAUUCCAUUCAUCCGAUGUGCCCUAGCUCUCUCACCAAAUCUCAAAUUAUUUGCCUCACCCUGGUCUCCACCAGGUUGGAUGAAAACCAAUCAGAAAAUGCACAACGGCGGCUCGCUUCUCCCAACUUCUCAAAUCCAUCAAAGCUACGCCAACUAUUUGACGCAAUUCUUCACCGAAUACGCCAAAAACCACGUGGAAUUCUGGGGAAUGACUGUGCAAAAUGAGCCGCGGACGAGUGGAAUGACGAGUUGGACAUGGCAGGGUUUGAAUUUGACACGGGAAAUGGAACGCGAUUUUUUGCGCGACUAUUUGGGACCCACAUUGAGAGCUGAAAAUGUGACUAGGGAUUUGAAGAUUAUGGUUUUGGAUGAUGUUAGAACUGAUGUUGUGGAAGAAGCCGAUACGGUAAGAAACUUGUGAAAUUUUGGACGAAAAUGAUAGAUUUUUGAUGGUGUAAUUGCGGAGUAUCGUUUAAGAUUUUCUAAAAAAAAGGGAAUUGUUGAAAUUUAUCAAUUUUUAAGUAUUUUUAAUGGUGCAAAAGCGGAGUAUUGUUUGAAAACUCAGAAAUUUGAAUAUUAGAAAGGUUUCAAACGAAACUCCACCUUUACACCUGCAUUUUCAACUUAGAUCUUCAACGAUCCAAUCGCAAGCUCCUUCGCCGAUGGAAUUGCAGUUCACUGGUACGACGAUGCCUUCACAUCAAUCUCACUCUACGACACCACUCACAAAAAUCAUCCGUCGAAGUUCCUGCUGGCCACAGAAGCCUGUCUGGGUUUCGAAGACGGCGAAGGUCCGAAAUUGGGAAAUUGGUCUCGAGCCGAAGAGUUGGCGUGGAGCCAAAUCGAAUAUUUGGAGCAUUGGGUGUCGGGUUGGGUGGAUUGGAAUUUGGUGUUGGAUGAGAAGGGCGGUCCGAAUUGGGUGAAUAAUAUGGUGGAUGUUGGGAUUGUGGUGAAUCAGACGGCACAGGAAUUCUAUAAGCAGCCUAUUUUUUACUCGAUGGGACAUUUUAGGUGAGCUUGUUUGGUUUAAAACUUUCUUUUUUUGAUGGUGUAAUUGUGGAGCAUCGUUCACCAGCUUGACAUUUUUUCAGCAAAUUCCUUCCUCCCGCUUCUCUCCGAAUCCACCACGAGAAGAUUAGCGACUCUACUGAAAAUCAAGAGAAUCCAAAAGUCACGUGCGCAAUCCUUCCGCGUUCCGCGCGUCGAACUUGCGUCAUUCUGAAUCGUGAACCACGAGAGAUCAAUGCAAAAUUGGUGGAUAUUCAAGAAAAUCGAGAAUUUCUGGUGAAACUUGCACCAAACAGUAUUCAGACUGUGAUUUGGGAUGGUGGAAAAUGA